AUGUCAAUGUAAACAGAAAACAGAGGUGUGCGUAUGAGUGUGUGACACAGACAGCUGUAUUUCCCCAUCGGUCAGCUCAGCGUCGGUUGAGGACGGUAAAUGAGAAAUGUGUGGUGUGUGAGUGACGGUGAGAUGUGUCUGCUGGUACGCGGCGCGCCGCUUCUGUAGAGCAGCAGGAAUCAGCUCAGAGGGGCUUAAAUCAUCACAUGCAGCCUCACCGAGGGCCCGUGUGACAGCAGCUCUGGGUUUUACCUCACAGGACUGGACUAGUUGAAGCAAGGUCCAUGGAGGAGCUGGAGCCAGAGGAGCAGUUCCUGCACUGUGCCCGGAAUGGAGAUCUGACCGGGAUUCAGAAGCUCCUCAUGUCCAAGAUCAGGGAGGAGACAUUGAUCAACAUCAACUGCAAAGGUAAGAGUAAGUCUAACCUGGGAUGGACGCCUCUCCACUUGGCUUGUUACUUUGGACACAAAGAUGUGGUAGAGGAACUGCUGAAGGCGGGGGCAGAUGUUAACCUGCCCAAUAAUAUCGGAGAUACGCCACUGCACAAAGCUGCCUUCACAGGAAGAAAGGAGGUUGUCAUGCUGCUGCUGCACUAUGAUGCAUGCGCUACUGUCAUCAAUGGGACAGCACAGAUUCCCAAAGAUGUCACUCAAAAUGCAGAGAUCAGAAGCAUGUUGGAAGCGGCUGAAAGAACAGAGGAGAGGAAACUGGAGGAGAAACUCUUGGAGGCCGCACGAGAAGGAGACCUUUCAACUCUCACUCAACUGCUCAGCAGGAAGAAGCCUCCAGACAUCAACUGCACAGAUCUGCUUGGUAACACUCCUCUGCACUGUGCAGCCUAUCGGGGCCAGAAGCAGUGUGCCCUGAAGCUUCUCAAGAGCGGAGCCAGUCCCAACAUCAAGAACAAGAAUGGCCAGACAGUGUUUGACCUGGCCAGCGAUACAGCAAUGAAGCAGGUCCUUGAAGGCAGCGUUCAUCGAGGUAUGACCCGCCAUGUCAAGAAGUACGAGGGACUCCUGUGGAAGAGCUCCAGAUUUUUUGGCUGGCGUUCCUACUGGAUCGUCCUUCAGGAUGGGGUUUUAUCCUGGUACUCAAAACAGUCCGAUGCAGCUUCUAAUGUCAGAAGGCAAGGCUGCAAGUCCCUGACACAUGCCCACUGUUUGAUCCGAGCCAAAGAUUGCUGCUUUUUUACCCUCAAGUGCUUCGAUGACAGUGUGCAUCACUUCAAGGUAUCGCCUAAAGACAACCCAGAGGCAGCGAGAAAAGCAUGGCUUGAUGCACUGGAGGAGCACUCAGCUUAUAGCACACACUACUGCUCCCAAGAGCAGGGCAGCGAGGAGGAGGAGGAUGAAGAAGUAGUGUCACUUGGGGAGUUAACAGACUCACUACAGGCAGCAGAGACCAGCCAGAAGAAGCUGGAGAAGGAGGUGGCAGCUUUCCUGUCCAUGCUGAAAAAUGACAGGCUGGCAGAAAGCUUUCCGUCCUCCAUCAUACAGAAAAUGCAAGAAAUCUGUGUGUUGUCCAGUGAGACCAGUUCCAGUCUCAGUGUCUGUCUCAGCCUCUUCUCCAGACAAGAAGGGGUGCGCAGUCUGAAAUUGGAGCAGGAGGUAGAGAAGAAUAAGAUCCUCUCUGAAGCGCUGCAGACUCUGGCCACGGAGCACCACGAACUUGAGCAAUCCGUCGUCAAGGGAUCUUCACCGCGGAGUGCCCUCAGUGAGGAUGAGUUCCACGACGCCGUGUCUGAAUCGGGCUCAGAGCUCUCCUUGAGCGGCUUUGAGACGGUGGCCAGCCAUUCCUUUGAGGAGGACGAGGAGGAGGACGAAGGCUCUGUCAUGUUAAGCAGCCCUUGCAGCAGCCCCACCAGCAUGUUGCAGGAGGAUCACCAUGGCGACAAGGACGAGACUCAGCCCAAUGGGAUCACAAAGCAUAGGACCAGUCUACCCGCACCGAUGUUUUCAAGAAAUGACUUCAGCAUAUGGAGUAUCCUGAGGAACUGCAUUGGAAUGGAACUCUCCAAGAUUACAAUGCCAGUGAUUUUCAACGAGCCCCUCAGUUUCCUGCAACGUCUGACAGAAUACAUGGAGCACACAUAUCUCAUCCACCAGGCCAACGCCUCCUCCGACUCUGUUGAGAGAAUGAAGUGUGUGGCUGCGUUUGCAGUGUCCGCUGUGGCCUCCCAGUGGGAGCGGACAGGUAAACCCUUCAACCCCCUGCUGGGAGAAACUUAUGAACUGGUCAGAGAGGAUCUGGGAUUCAGGCUCAUAUCAGAGCAGGUGAGCCACCACCCACCGGUCAGUGCCUUCCACGCUGAGGGCCUGAAACAAGACUUUGUGUUUCAUGGAUCCAUCUACCCCAAACUCAAGUUCUGGGGCAAGAGUGUGGAAGCCGAGCCGAAAGGCAUCAUCACACUGGAGCUACCCAAGUACAAUGAAGCCUACACAUGGACAAAUCCUACAUGUUGUGUUCACAACAUCAUUGUGGGCCAGCUGUGGAUUGAGCAGUAUGGAAAUGUAGAGUUGAUCAACCACAGAACUGGAGAAAGGUGCUUCCUGAAUUUCAAACCAUGUGGCCUUUUUGGCAAAGAGCUGCACAAGGUUGAGGGAUAUAUUCUGGAUAAAAGCAAAAAGAAACUUUGUGCUCUCUAUGGAAAAUGGACAGAGUGCCUGUAUGUUGUCGACCCUGCAGCUUUUGAAGCACAUAAGAAAAAUGACAAAAAAGGGUCAGAAGAGAAAAAAGGGAGCAAAGCGGGUUGCAGUGAGGAUCAGGAGGAGGUUCCUUCACCAGCUGCAGACACUGUGGAGAUGAUUCCUGGCAGCCAGCUGCUCUGGAGAAUCGCCCCCAGACCUGCCAACUCUGCCCAGAUGUACAGCUUCACGUCCUUUGCAAUGCAGCUGAACGAGCUGCAUAAGGAGAUGGAGGGAGUCAUUCCUCAGACAGACUGCAGGCUGAGACCGGACAUACGAGCCAUGGAGAAUGGUGACAUCGAUCUCGCCAGUGAAGAGAAGAAGAGGCUUGAGGAAAAACAAAGAGCUGCUCGCAAAAACCGCUCCAAAGCUGAUGAAGAGUGGAAAACCAGGAGUCCUGCCCUGGGUCCAAGGUGGUUUCAACAGGGACAAAACCCCCACAAUAACUCACAGGACUGGCUCUUUUCUGGUGGAUACUGGGACAGGAAAUACAGCCAGCUGCCAGACAUUUACUAAUGGACAAUUCCUGCACAGAAAAAUUAACACUGUACAGUGUCCUCUGCACGGAGCAGCAUUAACUGUUUUUUAAUGGAACAGCUACAGUAACUAUAAGCAAUAUACAAACAGUCUAUUUAAACUGUGUGGCCUUAAUCUUCUUAAUAAUGAUAAAACUGUGCAUAAAAAUGUCAAUUAUCAAUAUUUAAAAGUUCUGAAAUGUGAAGUUGUUUGACAGUGCUUUGAAAUUUAUUAUUUGUGUUUAUAUUGAGAGCAGAUUGUUUCUCUCCAUAACAGACUUUUAGCGCAGUGGAGAGAUGCUGACGCACAGGGGUUCAUGGUAUUUAGUGUCCAUCUGUUUUCUUUUAAAUAUUCAUAAUAGUGUUUUGACUAUAAAUGUAUAUCUGUGUAUAUACUUUACACAAAUUCAGCCGUCAGUGACCUCAUCAUAUCGUUCACAUUUCCUCUAGACUCGGAUUAAACUCACAAAACCACUAGCAGUUCAGUUCAUAAGAGGUUGAUGCGGAUGUCAGUUAUUUCUCCUAAUGUAUUUUGCCUUGUAACAAAACCUACUUUAAAAAACAUACAGUAUAUUUUCUAUAAUACUACAAUAAUUUCUUGGCACGUGUUUUUCUAAAAUUUGUGUGUCAUACAAUCUGUCAAAGAACAAACAAAGCUGGGGGGUGGGGGGGUUAAGGUCACAUGAUGUGGAAAAUAAUGAAUUUUAAGGCAUUUUGCCUCCAUGUAGAUCAUCAUAGUAUUUUAUUGCAAACCUAAAUAAAACACUUUAGUGUACUCAUGUAUAUUUUUACCAUUCAUAUUAGGUAUGAUAGGAGUGCAAGACAAAUUUCAGAGGAAUCUGAAAAUAAAGUGUGAUCUGAUUGAA